AUGGAGCCCACCUCAUCGUCGGCGGUGGCGCGGCAGACGUGGGAGCUGGAGAACAACAUCCCGGCGGCCGCCUCCGACCCGGAUGCCAUGGACGCGAUCUACCGCUACGACGAGGCGACCAAUGCGCAGGCCCACCAGGAGAAACCCUCGGCCACCGACCCGCACCACUUCCGCCGCGCCAGGAUCUCCGCCCUCAUGCUCCUCAAGAUGGUCGUCCACGCCCGCGCCGGCGGCACCAUCGAGAUCAUGGGCAUCAUGCAGGGCAGAAUUUGGGUAGCAACAGUGUACCUGGAGACGAACAAUAGGUUUGGAACAUCUUAUACUGCUUUCACCCACGCCUAUGGAAUUCGGCAGGAGAUCCUUAAUUGA